GUGGGUUUUUACGUCGCUUCUUUUUCAGUUAAGAUUUUUUUGUUCAAGAUAAUAAAUUAUAAUCGCUUGGUUUAGAGCACGGUCGUACGGCCGUGAUUUGGAGCAUUCUUGACAGGUUCACUGGCGUGACGUACGUUUCUCUGUUGCUAGGAUCCUCCCGAAAAGUUCUCCUCUAAAUAGGUUGUGUAUCGGUGGUUUCCCCUAAUUUCGGAUUCUGUUGCGAUUUUUUUCAUCGUGUUCUAGUCAUUUGAACGGUCCGUUUGUGGUGGUGGUGGUGGAUCUUUCGUUCACGAUUAAUCCGAAGAGGUCGGGGAGGAAGCGCGACUAAUUUCCUACCAUAUUUUCAACAGAGCUCGAAUUUUUUACGAACCAUGUCACAUCAGACAGGGAUCAAAGCGAACGAUGCCCUUAAGAAAUUGUUUGCUAAAUGUCGAGAUGGAAAAAUACGAGUCUUGAAAGUUUCCAUUGAGAAUGAGGAACUAACACCUGCUGCUUCUUCAAAACCAGUGAACAAGUGGCAAGAUGAUUAUGAUAAGAUGAUCAAACCGUUGAUCAUUGAGAAUCAACCUGCAUAUAUUCUUUAUCGAUUAGAUACUAAGUCUUCUGACUCUGGUUAUGACUGGUUAUUUAUCUCUUGGUCACCUGAUACUGCACCAGUUAGGCAAAAGAUGUUAUAUGCGUCGACAAAAGCAACUUUGAAACAAGAAUUUGGAACUGCGUCUAUAAAGGAAGAAUUGCAUGGUACGGUGCCAGAGGAUAUAACAUUAGAAGGUUAUCACAAAUACAAAAGGAAUAAUGCUGCACCGGCACCAUUAACCACUGCAGAAGAAGAAUUAGCAGAACUUAAAAAAAGCACAGUUACUACAGAUUAUAGCGUAGAAACAAGGCAUCAAACAUUGAGUGGUGUUGCCUUCCCUGUUACGGACGAGGCAAAACAAGCGAUCAUGGAGCUUGGUAAAGGUAUACAUGAAUAUGUUCAAUUAAAAAUCGACUUAGAAGAGGAGAAGAUACAUUUAGUUAUGGCUUGUGAAGUUUCACUGGAUAAACUACCAACAAAAGUCCCAUCUGAUUCUGCUAGAUAUCAUCUUUAUAAUUUUAAGCACACGCACGAAGGAGAUUACAUGGAAUGUAUAGUUUUUAUAUAUAGCAUGCCAGGAUACAGUUGCAGUAUUAAGGAAAGGAUGUUAUAUUCAUCGUGUAAAGCUCCGCUAUUAGAACUUAUUCAAUCACUUGGAGUGACUAUAACGAAAAAAUUGGAAGUAAAUAGUGGUGAGGAAUUGGCAGACAUGUUGGAAGAUCCUCCAACUAUAAAAGAAACAGCUGCAAUAACUCCUGCAACUCCAUCAACGCCCUAUGCUCCUCCUCAAUCUAUAUCCGAGAAAAAGUCAAAACAGAAGAGAUCUUGUAUCUUGAGUUAACCGAAUCUACGUUCUUUGUCUGUCAUUUUUAAAUGUUUCUUAAAUGUUAUAAAAUAUUUCAGAUGUUUUACACAUUUAAUAUCUUCCUUCGUAAAUUCUGAAUUUGUGAUAAUACGAUAUUAAUUGAUCGAAUAUGUUAUGUAGUGUAAGAUGGUGUAAUCGGUUUUGAAUAACUUCGACAUUAGCACAGUAUAGUUAUGCAGUUAUUAUGGAGUGAUUUAAAUGAGAAAAUGUUUAAUGCGCAUCUUUACAGAGAUAAAUCUUUUAUUAAUUAGCAAUAUAUUUAUUGAUAUUUAGUAAUAAUUGGUCAAAGUGAUAUGUAUAUCUAUGUAGCAAUUCAGAGUAGACCAAACAAUGUAUUUUUCUAAAUUUUAAAGAGCAAAAUUGUCAUGUUAAGAUCUUUACAAAAUAUCUUUUUGAUAACUAUGAGAAACUCGCAAUGCAUAGAAUUCCCAUGAGAUGUAGUUCUUGUUGAUCCAGUACCAUAAUGUAAUGGAUAAUUGUUUAUUCGUGCAGAAAAUACUGUACGAAAAAGAACAAGAAAA